AUGGCGACUCGCACUGCCCGACUAGGCGGCGGUUGCGGCGGCGGAUUUCCUUCCCGCACCGUGGCUGCCGUAGUGGCGGCGCUCAUAGUCGUAGCUAGCAGUCUGCCUUCCGCCUCACCGUCGCCCGCGGCGACAGAGCCUGGGCCAGCGCGCCCCCGCGCCAGUCGCCCGCUCUCCUCGCUGCCCAACUUCCUCGCCUACCACCGCGGAGAGCGCGUGCUGGCAUCGCAGCAGUGCGGCGUGUGCUGCAGCGCGCGGCCCGCGAGGGUGCCGGCGGGCAUGCCGGCGAUGCUGUCGACGUGGUAUCUGCAGAAGUGGCUCUCUGGCCAACGGGUGCAAGUGAAGGCGUCGUCGUUCGGCACGUGGUGGCGGCCGGACGGCGGGGGCAAGGCGGGCAGCUACAUCAGCAGCCGCGGGGCCAUGCAGCCCAGCGCGCGGGAGUUCUUCACCGUGCUCGUCGUGGGGGCCAACCGCAUAAAGCUGGUGACGCGCGUGGGCACAUACCUGGCAGCGUCGGGCAGCACGCCUCCGGGGUACAGCAGCCGGCCGCUGGUGACGACAACCAAGGCCAACAGCCCCGCCACGGUCUUCCAGGUGUCGCGCGUGGGCCGCUUCCACUACCUCUACUCACCCUCCGCCCAAUCCUACGUGCGCACACGCGCCAAUGGCCAGGUGACGGUGGGUGGCACGGCACGCACCAACUUCGGGCGCAUGGAGGUGGUGGAGGUGAAGAACGUGCCAGCCGUGAGGGGCCCCAACCUGGGCAGCUGGCUCGUGUACGAGAACUGGAUGGACCCCUACGCCUUCCCCCGCUACUCCAACAUCCUUGACGGCACCAAGAUGACGCUGUUCAACUACAAAUAUCUCAAGUACAUCACUGCACCGCAAGGAGGAGGAGGAUGGCUGCGCUGUGAUGCGGACAUGGCAGGCGAUUAUGAGACGUUCAUCGUGCAGACCCAGGCGCCCAACCAGGACUCCUACCAUCUGUUGGCGGACGAGCGUCUGUUCUGGCGCCUGCCGGCGCGCGCCACCAUUCCCUACGCCGACGCCUUCUCAACCAGUGCACUGACGCGGUUUACAUUCAAGCGCAGCCGCAAGGACCGCACCAUGGUGGCCAUCCUGGCGCCCAACGGCCAGUACCUGCAGGUGCAGGCGGACGGUGCACUCAUUGCCAACUUCCCCCCUGCCAAUGUCAGCCUCAACGACGCCGCCUUCCUCAAGAGCCCUGCCGCCUUCCAGUUCACACCGAAGAAGGAGCUGAAGUACGACUGGCAGCUUGCGUACCAGUGGGGCGGGCAGGCCGCCAUGCGCGUGAACAGCAUCCGGGCGAGCUUCAUCACGGAGCCCGACUGGCGCUACAUGUCGCGGCAAGGCGUGAACGCCGUGCGCAUCCCCAUUGGCUACUACAUGGCGCAGGAGCCGAGCCCUGACUGGCCCUUCGUGUGGGGCAGCUACACGUAUAUCGACUGGGCGUUCAAGAUGGCGGCCAAGUACAACAUCCGCAUCUGGUUCAGCAUGCACAUUGUGGCCGGCUCGCAGUCAGGCACGUUUGGGUCGCGCCUGGGGUUCGUGGACUUCCCGCGCCCCAUCAAUGUGGCCAAGACGCUGCACGCCAUCCGGUGGCUGGGGCGGCGGUACGGGCGCAACCCCAUGUGGCUGGGCAUUGGGCUCAUGAAUGAGCCCAGCCUCAGCAUCCCGCUCGACCUGCUACAGAGCUACUACGUGAACGCAACGGCCAUCCUGCGGCGGUGGAACCCGUGUGUGUUCAUCGCCAUGGAGGGGCGCACGGGGCCCAGCGAGGUGCAGUCGCUCAUGGCGAAUGAGCCGAACGUGAUCCUGGAGACGCACAUCUACGAUGUGUUCAACACCGAUGGGUACACGUCGGCACAGCAGGAGAUCUACGAGAUGCAGACGUCCAGGAGGGAGAGAAUUGCGGAGCACCAGCAGUACGGGCGCAUGCUGCUGGUGGGCGAGUUCUCCAACGCCAUGGGGUACAGCCCAGUCACACCUGACGAGCAGUCCGCCUUCUCCCUCGCCCAGAUGCAGACCCUUGCCACCGCCAAGGCCGGCUGGUUCUUCUGGUCCUUCAAGAUCAACAAGCCAAACACGAGGCAUUGGGACUUCUACCAGAGUCGCACGGCAGGGUGGCUGCCUAAGAGGCCCAAUGGCCACUGGUAUUGA